ACAUAAUGACCCUUUCGCCGAGUAUUUCGUUUCUGUUUAUAAUUUCGAUGGGAUUUACUUUGUGUUUUGAUAAGAUUCUUCCUAACAGUUUAAAAGGGAAAUAUUGCAUAACAACUUUCGGCGAAUACGGACUUUGUACUUUAUCGUCAGAUUGUCCAGCUUUUUAUACGUUUCUUAAGAAGCCCCAUUUUUGUGGUUUAGAAGGAUUGAAACCUUUGAUUUGUUGUGUUCAAAAAAUUCCGUCAACAUCACCACCAACACAAGGAAAACCAGAAAUGGAGGUCCAUAUUCAAAAAUUUACUUCAAAUUAAUUGAUAUUUUAUUAUAAAAAUGUUACAUAAAUAAAAUUUUAUCCGUAAAUUAAUGAUGAUUAACAA